AUGGACGGACUACUGAUCAACACCGAGGAUAUAAUCACGGCUUGCAUCAAUCACGCCCUCGCCAAGCACGGCAGACCUCCCAUUCCGCCGAACCUCCGCGCUCAGAUCAUGGGCGUCCCCAAUUCGACCAGCGGCGACGUGUACAAUAACUGGGCCCAGCUGCCGGUGCCGCGAGAGCAGCACACGCGCGAGGUACGUGCAGAGAUGCGGCGGCGGUUCCCGGACUGUAGACCUCUCCCUGGUGCAGAGGAUCUGCUUUUCAACCUCAGUCGCGCGGCCCAUGUGGCGACCUCGGGGCGUCCGAUCAGGCUCGCCCUCGCAUCUGGCACAAAGACCGAGGCGUACAAGCUGAAGAUGUCGAGCCCAGAGACCAGGACGCUCCUGGAAACCAUUCACGAGCACGCUCGAGUGCUCGGAGACGAUCCUCGACUCCAGCCAGGUCGGGACAAGCCCGCGCCUGACAUUUACAGACUUGCUCUGCGGGACCUGAACUCCUGUGCAGUGGCUGAUGGCGAAGACCCGAUACUGCCCGGCGAAUGUCUGGUGUUUGAGGACAGCGUCAUAGGCGUCGAAGCCGCGAGGCGUGCGGGGAUGAGAGUGGUAUGGGUACCUCAUCCCGACGUCUUGAGCGAGUACGCGGGGAGGGAGGGAGAUGUUAUUGCUGGCCGCACGAAUUCUUUGGCCGAGCAUGUCUUGGCUGAUGGCGACAAUGGUUCCGUUGGGGAGUACAACGAUGGCUGGGGGGAGUGCAUAGAGAGUCUGGCGGCAUUCGAGUAUCACAAGUAUGGUAUCGACAUCGGCGUACCUCACUUCGCUAUCCCAGAGACGCAGGUGAACUCGCUCAGCACCCGGCGCCUCUUACACGUCCGGUGA